AUGGAGGCGGCGGAGGACGCGUUCCUGGUGCCGGCGAUCCUGUGGCUGAUACGAGGCAUCCUGGAGAGCCUAACGAUGGGGGGCGAGCUGGACGCGUGGAUCCGCCGGGCUGGGCUGGCCGGCGACGCCGAGGGGCUCAGGUCCGAGAUCAAGAGGGUCAGCACGGCGGUCUCGGCUGCGUCGUCUGUGAGGGAAGGGAGGCCGCCGGCGGCGGCGCUGUCCGAGCCGUCCCUCGCGGCUCUCAGGGAGGCGCUCUACGACGCGGACGACGUGGUGGAUGACCUCGACUACUGCAGACUGCAGCAACGCGUCAUGCAACGAGCUGCUUUACGUGAUGCUAUCGCCGGAUUCAUGCAUGGAGCCGAUGGUGCGUCAACAGGCGGCGAUGUCGAUAUGUCGACGACGAGCAGCAGCAGUGGCAAGCAGAGGCGUCGACGGUUUGAGGUGUCAAAACACUUGGAUCAUUUCAUCACAGGCGAGGUGAAGGAAACACAUAUGGAUCAGCCUGAACAUGCAAGUCACCACCAGCUGCCAAACCCUUCAAGCAUAGGAGAUGCCAUUGCAAAUGCUACCCUUGUUGCACUUGGUGUACCAUCUAGCAGAAAAAGAAUGAGAACAUAUCAGGAUCCAGGAGACUCCUUCACACCUGAUGUUCACGCUUGGAACAAGGAAGAAUUUUCCAGUAGGAUACAGGAUAUAACUCGUCAGCUGCAAGAUAUCCGAGGGGAUGUGACAAGGGUUCUGAACAUACUUGGCUCUGAAUCUGGUGCAGGUCCAAGUCACUAUCAAAGUACAGCCUCAGAUCCACGCCUAAGAACAUCAAGUCUUUUGAAGGGCAGAGUGUAUGGGAGAGUUGAAGAGAAAAACUACAUAAAAAACUUGAUGACCGACGAAGAAUAUGGCAGUGUAGGUGUAACAGUUCUACCUAUUGUAGGCAUUGCAGGUGCCGGGAAGACAACUCUUGCUCAACUUGUAUACAAUGAUCCAGAUGUGCAAAGCCAAUUUAAACACAGGAUCUGGGUUCGGGUAUCUAACAACUUCGAUGAAAUAAGAGUCUCAAGAGAUAUGUUAGAUUUUGCCUCUCCCUCUGAAAAGCCACAUGAGGGAGUAUGCAGCUUCGCCAAACUCCAGGAGGUCUUGAAGAGUCACAUCAGAUUAAAGAGGGUUCUGCUUGUUUUAGAUGAUGUCUGGGAUGACAUGAGUGACUGCCGAUGGAACCAACUAUUGGCUCCUUUCAAGUCCAAUAAUGCAAGGGGCAAUAUGAUUCUUGUGACAACUAGAAAUAUGUCUGUUGCAAAAAGAAUAGGAACAACUGGACCAAUUAGAUUACAUGCUUUGGGAAAUGAUGAUAUAUGGUUGUUGUUCAAAGCAUGUGCAUUUGGUGAUGAGAACUAUGCAGGGCAUAGAAGUCUAAGCAUCAUUGGGAAGCAAAUUGCAGAUAAACUAAAGGGCAACCCAUUAGCGGCAGUAACCGCUGGGGCACUGUUAAGAGAAAAGCUUACCAUUGAUCAUUGGGGUAACAUUCUAAGGAAUGAAGACUGGAAAUUGCUAGGGCUCAAUGGAGGCAUUAUGUCCGCUUUGAAGCUUAGCUAUGAUCAGCUGCCGUACCAUUUACAUCAGUGCUUCUCGUAUUGUUCUAUCUUCCCCGACAAUUAUCAGUUUCUUGGUGAGGAGUUGGUCCAGAUAUGGAUUUCACAAGGUUUUGUGAAACAUAGGCAUUCAAAUAAAAUAUUGGAGAAGAUGGGAAUGGACUAUCUGGAUGAUUUGCUGAACCUGGGCUACUUUCACCAAGUUGGAAGACAAAACUCCUCUCAAGGCAGUCAAAAUUGCUAUGCUAUGUGUGGUCUUAUGCGUGAUUUUGUGAGGAUGGUUUCGAGAACCGAGUGUGCAAUUACAAAUGAUCUGCAAUGCAAUGAAAUUUUGCCAACUGUACGGCAUCUGUCAGUAGUGACUGGUUACGCAUACAACAAAAAUCAGGUUGGGAACAAACAUUGCAGUAACAAUUUUGAAGAAAAUUUGCGAAAUAAAGUUACAUCAUUGAGAAAAUUGAGGACAUUGGUAUUGAUUGGGCAGUUCGACUCUUCCAUGUUGCAAUCCUUCCAAGACAUACUCCGAGAGGCACAUAAUCUUCGUCUAUUACAGAUUUCUGGAACAUCUGCUGAUUAUAAUUCCCUCAUGUGCAGUUUGGUAAAUCCUACCCAUCUUCGCUAUCUAAAGCUCAAAGUCGAUGAGGUGCACGAGGGUUUGCCUCAAGUUUGGAGCAAGUUUUGCCAUCUUCAAGUAUUAGAUGUCGCCUCAAACAUUGAUUCUAAUGUAAUUUAUGGCAUGAGUAAUGUUCCCAGCUUGCGGCACCUUGUUUCAAAAGAGGGAGUGCACUCUUCCAUUGCUGGAAUUGGUGAAUUGAUCUCACUUCAGGAGCUGCACAAUUUCAGUGUUCAAGAUUCUAAUGGCGUCGAUAUUAUAGAACUUCAAUCCAUGAAUGAACUUGUACGACUUGGGAUUUCUCAACUGCAAAAUGUUAAAACUAGGGAAGAGGCAUACCAGGCUAGACUGAGGGACAAGCACCAGUUGGAAAAGCUGCACUUGUCUUGGAAUGGUACCUCGUCACAUGAUGAAUAUGAUCAUGGCAUGAGCUCUGAAAUGGAGGUGCCCUUGCUGGUAGAGGUUCUUGAGGGUCCCGAAACUUGUACCAGCGUCGAGAUGGAGGAAUGCUUGCCAAAACAGGUGACUGAGGGUCUUCAAACUUCUAGCAGCAUAGUGAUGGAUUGCUUGCAAAUAGACGUGCUCGAGGGUCUUGAGCCAAACAGCAACCUGAAGCAUCUUCAGAUAUCUGGGUAUAAUGGGGCUCUCUCUCCAUUUUGGCUUGCCAGCAAUACCCCAGUUACCUCAUUGCAGACGCUUCAUUUAGAGAACUGUGGAGAAUGGCGGAUACUUCCAUCUCUGGGAAGUCUUCUGUUUCUUACAAAGUUGAAAUUGUGCGGCAUGCAGAAAGUAGUAGAAGUAUUUGUUCCUUCCUUGGAAGAAUUGGUGUUAAUUAAAAUGCCAAAGUUGGAGAGGUGCCUUUGCAUUUCCAAGAGGGACUUGAACUCUAGUUUAAGGGUUCUGAAGAUUAAGUGGUGCCCUAUAUUGGAGGUGUUUGAUCUGUUUGGGAACGGGCAGGAACUGAAAAUUGAGGAGCCAUGGUUGCCUGGUCUUCGUGAGCUGAUUGUUCAUGAUUGUCCUCAUUUGCUGAUACCACAUUGUUUACCAUCUUCAAGUACCUUUAGAAUUUUCAACAGGAAAGUUUCAAAAUUUGCAAGAAUUCAAGGUUGGUCCUCCGAAAGAUUAACAAUCUGUAUUUUACACAAGAAUUUUGAGGAAUCUUCUUCCGAUGAGGAUUUCAGUGAGUUCUGUGGUGAGCAAUUGGUGUUAGAUGGCAACAUUAUGGCACCGCAUAAUCUGCGGUUCUUGACUCGCUUGAAAAUAGAAGGUUGCCAAGAUCUAUUGUCUGUUUCAUUCAAAGGAUUAAGGAAACUCGUGUCCUUGAAGACGCUGAAAAUACGCAACUGUGGAAAACUUUUCUCUCCAGCUAUUCUGCGAGAGCAUGUCAAUGAGGAUGUGACAGUUGCAAAUUGUGGUGCCCUCCCAUCUCUUCAAUGCCUCAGUAUCAAGUCAUGUGGAAUAACAGGGAAGUGGCUAUCUCUGAUUCUGAAGCAUGCUCUAGUCCCAGAGGAACUGAUUUUACAGGACUGCCCUGAAAUAACACGGUUGUCAAUAGAACCAGAAGAAAACAAUGUAUCAAAUGUUAUCUCAGCCCCAAAUGCGUCAACACUGACAAGUUCAGCUCAAGACAGGCUCUUGUGUAUUCCGUUAAAUCUCGUAUCCUCUCUGAAGAAGAUAUCAAUUUGUGAAUGCCCUGAUCUCGCAUUCUGCGGGAACAAUGAAGGCUUCGCUGAAUUUACCUCCCUUGAAAUGCUAACAAUUAAUUAUGGAUGUGACAUGCUUCCAUCAUCUUUGGUGCAUGAGGAUGGAAGAUGGCUCCUUCCAAAAUCACUUGUAGAACUUGAUGUCAACGAAAAUAGUGAAGAGACGCUGGAGCCAAGCUUUGUGGAGAAUGCCACCUGUCUCAAAGUGUUAGAUGUAUGGGGCAGCUCAUCUUUGGAAUAUCUGAAGCUGCAUCACUGCACGGCACUGGAAAAGUUGACAGUUAGAGACUGUGAAUUGCUUGACGAACUUGAGGGCUUGCCGUCCCUCACAAAGUUGGAAGUAGAGUACAUUUCAAGUUUGGAAUCUCUGCAGCUACAUUCCUGCACGGCACUGGAAGAGUUGAAUAUUUUGAGCUGUGCAUCACUCUCCACAUUGGAGGGCUUUUCAUCCCUUGGUAGCUUGAGGCAUUUGAAAAUACACGACUGCCUUUGCUUGCAUCCAUGUUUGGAGGGUUUGCCAGGGCAGGGUUACCAACCAUUCCCUCGACUCGAAAGUCUUGAUAUCGAUGACUUUUCUAUUCUGACCACAUCAUUCUUCAAACACCAGACAUCACUCCAAAGCCUCAAACUCAGAACUAGGGACGUAGGGGUGACAAGACUAACGGAUGAGCAAGAGAGAGAACUUUUGCGCCUCGAGUCCCUGCAGACCCUCAAAUUCGAAGCUUCCGAGUAUCUCAAAUACCUUCCUGCAGGGCUACACAGCCACCCCUCCCUCGAGAGGCUGGAGGUCUAUAGAUGUCCAAGAAUCUCAAGGCUGCCAGCAAUGGGCCUCCCACCUUCACUGGAAAAUUUGCACAUCAUGUUCUGCAGCGAGGAGCUGAACGACGGAUGCAGAAUGCUCAGAACAAGCAACUUAAAUGUCAGCAUUAAUUACCAAAAUGUGGAAUGA